AUGAGAUUUUUCUUGACUUUUAUAGGAGCUUGUUUCGUCAACGCUUGCCUGGCUCAAAAUCCCGCGACGACUCCAAGUACAACGACAAUCGCAGCCGCGAGAAAUUUGAAAUUGGUGGAUGAUAUUUUGAGAACCUAUCAAAAACCGUCUCAGGUUGCGAUUAUCAUUGAACAAUCAGUGAAGCAAGGCUAUUUAUUUUAUCUUUCGGCGAAAAACUACGGAGAAGAAUGGAAGGCCCUUUUCGAUGAUGGAUUCAACGAUACAGACAUCGAAGUGAUCACUCAUGAUCUCAGGGUGCUCCUGGAAGAAGUGGAAUUUUUUGCGCAGUGGAUGAUCAGAGAUGGGGAAGAUCUCAUCCAUCCUUGGGUCAAUUACACUUCUCGAGACCUUAUUGACGCGAAAUUGUUCAACUACACUUUUGGCGCUGGAGAAUUGAUCGAAAUUGUCGGUCAAACGAGCUUCAGGACAAUCAAAAUCGUCGAAGAAGCAACACUGGAUGUGAAUCGAUGGAUCAGAAACUGGGAGGGAGUUUCUCAAGGAAACACGACUUUUACCUUUUCAUUCGUCAGCUCGAUGUUCCGCGAUUUGAGGACUUGGUCGGAACUGCUACUUGAAGAUUUCCGAAUCGCGAGUUUGAAGCUGAACCAAGUUUUCGAUGUCUGGGGUCUUGGCUGGAACACUACAUUCAUCCUCAACGGCUCACUCGAGUGGCUUGUCCUCGUCGUGGAUAUGAUCGAUGAACUGGUCGAAUUCGUCAACUUGGCUUUUGCUGCUGUUCUAGAGCCGAUAAUUGGAAUAAUCCAGAGUGGUGGAAGUAUCGACUACCCAACCUAUUAG